AUGCAGUUCAAUACACAACUCGGCAAGAUGAUAAAACUCAGCAAUCUUUGCAUAGUGAUGUUGUGCAUCACAAAUCCCAUGGCAAUAUCUAUGAACACAAGUUUGAAAGAGAUUCCAAAAUUCAAGGCUGAAAGAACUGCACUAGAUCCUGUUUGGUCACCCCACACACUCACCAGAGAUGUACAACAAGAUAAAUCAAGAGGCAAACAUCCAGAAACCAUAGCAAGACACAAGAAACAACAACAUGAUUUGGCUUUAGUAAAUGAAUCACACAACAAGGAUCCUCUAAAACAGCCUCAUAGAUCAUAUGAUGGGGGAAAGUUUCAUGGAAGAUAUUCAUCUUUUGGGCCAAUCAUUGAACCACAUGUACCUGUUGGCUUAAAGAGGGAUCAUGGAAAACUUUACAGAACUGAAGUAGGGAAGCAAAGUCAAAGCUCAAGAGACCGCCUCAUUGUGGAGUUGUUGAGCUCUCCAGGAUCAACCUCUCAUAUACAAAGAAUAAGUGAUGAAUGCCAUGUGCAAAAGCACAGGCCUCUUGGUCAUGCUGUGAAAGAUGCAAGGAUGGGUUCCAAUAAGCGUCAGAAAAUCACAGGGAUCCAAGAAUAUCAGUCGGAACAGUCUCAUACAUUAUCUGAUAGAGCCAAGUUUGUUGGAAGAGAUCAAUCUCUUGGAUCAAAAAACAAAACACCCAUAACAAGUUCUGCAAUCCCAAAUCAAGAAGUCCAUUCCAGAGCUGAAGUGGGAAUGGCAAAUCCAAGCUGGGAAGGUAGCCUGAGUUCAGGGUCAUCAAGCUCUUAUUUUCACAAGAUCAGUGAUGAUCAUCCUGUCCCAAAGCCAAGUCCUUUGAAGCAAGCAAGGACAAAACAGACUCCAAUACCAGGUUCUAGAAUUGACAACUUUAGAUUCCCACCUGAUCUUCUCCGCAUGGCCUCCAGACCUAUUAAACAUGUAGCAUCACCAACUCAGGCAGAUGCUGAUUCUUUUUCUAAAGCCAAACAGACAUUGACCAAUAUUCCUGAAAUCAAGGAUACUCCUUCACAAAGAGGCAUCAAUAUACAGGAGUUUCACUUGCACCCACCAGAAAAAAUGUGCUCAGCUGCAGCAAUCCAUUUCACACUAGACCUCAUGACAAAUUUGGAAAGUAAAUACAAUCUAGCAGACCAAGAAUCACAAUACCCUGCUUGGCAGGCAGGAAAACAAAUAUGGAAACUAGAUACAUUAUUGCCAUUUGUAUAUUUUGUGGUGACAUGCAAUGCAAAUUUGGGAAUUUGGGAAAAUAUCAAAAUAAUGACAUCAUACACCUUGAAGGUUUAUCAUCAGUGGUGUGUUAAAGAAAACACUUGUCAUGAUCAAGAGAAGCUAGCACGAUUUCUUUUGUGGCAUACAGAUGUAAUGUACCAUAUUGUGAAUGUGGAUCCAAAGAUUCAAACAUCACAAGGAGGCAAAAUGGAGAUAUCAACAAAUCUACAGUUUAUGGCUCCCAGACUAUCAACACUGGCUAAGAACUUCAAUGUGAUUCAUACUGAUCAGUCCUGUACAAGCUUCACAAGGAAUAUCAUAAAGAGAGAUGAGAUGUUGAAGCGACAUGUUUCUGAAACUUUUGAGGGUGACUAUCAAAAAGGAUAUCCAAUCAAAAAGAACAGCAAGAGACAACAUGAUUCAGUUUGGGAUAGCUGGAGAAACAAAUCUUAUGAGAUAAGUGAAAGAGCUAAAGAUGUACAAUGGCCAAAGCUAAUCAAUCCCCUAAGGCAUCAUUCUGAGCCAAUGCUUUUUUUAAAUGGGGACAUCAAUCAUGAUGUGAGUGUAAAGAAAAAGCACAGGGCUUCUGGUUUCAUCAAACAAUGGGAGAAUCAAUUCAAGAAAACAAUGGAAUUCAUAAAGGCUUCACAAUCAGAAAACUUGGGUUUUCCACGUACAUCAAUCAAGGACUUCUCUCGUGGGAUCCAUGCAUUCUUAAAGGAAAAUAAUCCUGCUAAAACAUCUAAAUAUCAAGUCACAAUGUUCUCUGAAUUCCUUCAUCAAGAUUCAAAAGACAAAUUAUAUGCAGAGUUUUGGGCUCGUUUUGUAGCUGUGGAAAAUGACAAAUUCCAACUGGCACAACGCCGUAAAAAUUCUUUUUUCAGAAACCUUUGGUGA